GUUCUUUUUUCCAGACUUUGCACGGUAGUCAUCGCACAUUACCUUUUGAGCACGCUCCUGCCAUACAGCCGCGUGCCGACUAUUGUGAGCGCUGUUCUUGCGAGCUCUGCGAUCUCGCAAUCCUCCAUGUUUCUGCGUCUGAGACAGCGUCUUACCUCGCUGGCCGCUGGUCCGGCCGCCGUGUCCCAUGACAGUUCUCGCUCGCAGCUGCUACGUGCUGUCAAUGAGAUGCGCCAGUACCUUGCGCGCGGCAAGGCCUGGAAUGAGAAGAAGCGCCAACUGUACAAAACCAUGUCCUGGAGACAGCAAAAGAUCAUUGCGCAGACGGGCUACCAGGCCAAGAUGAACAAGGUCGACGCGACGCUGGCCGAAAAUUACAGGCUGAUUCAGGAUUGUGUUACCCGGACAGUGCGCGAGCACAACAUCUCGACGCUCGAGCUCAAACUCGCCGCCGACCAGGCCAGACUCAGCCCGCAGACAGAUCACCACAGAGUCAUAGAGGGCCUCUGCCACUUUGCACGUGAUUGGUCGCCUGCGUUCGACCGCGAGGUCGUGCCCAUUAUCGACUAUAUCAGGACACAGCUCGCGCGGCUGGACCUUGCCAAAACCACGGUGGUGGUGCCUGGCUCGGGACUCGGCCGCGUUGCGCACGAAAUUGCAGAGCUGGGCGCCAAGGAGGUCGUCUCCGUGGAGUACUCUUGGUACAUGCUGCUGCUGAACGAGUUUGUCUACGCAGACAAACCUAGACGCUACCAGGUGUACCCGUACGUGCACAACUACUCCAACCACGUGGCGACACAGAACCAGUUCCGCGCAGUUGAGCUGCGGCAGCGCGCCAGACCGGCCAACCUCAAUGUGCAACAGGGCGACUUCACCAGCUUCACGGCAGCACGGCUUCGGCACGAGCCGCACCACGUGGCUAUAGUCACGUGCUUCUUCCUCGACACGGCGGAGAACCUGAUGGACUAUUUUGACGCUGUGACGCGCGUGGCGGACGCGGCGCGCGGCGACGUGCUGUGGAUCAACGUGGGGCCGCUCAAGUACGGCACGGCAGCCAAAGCCGAGCUGUCGCACGAGGAGAUCUGCAAGCUGCGCCGUGUUUGCGGGUGGCAGCUCGUGGACGAGCGUCCUGACCCGGAGAUUCUUGGCUACCUGACCGACACGGAGGGCCUGUGGCAGGGCUACUACGGUGUGAAGAUGUGGACGUGCAAGCGUGCCCCCGAAAUUAUGUAAAUAAUCAACAACAUCUGUGUAUCUAUUUAUGCAGCUUAUCUGACUUGAGCUCGUUGAUCUGCAGCUUUUUGUCGGUUCCGCCCGAAAGCAAGCCGAUUUCUGCGUUCCAGUCGACGGCCAGCACCUUGGCGUGAUCGCCGCUCUCUCUGUCGAUGGUAUAGAUGCUCUUGUUGGCGCGGAUGUCCCAGAUCUUGGCGGUGCCAUCGUGCGACCCGGACACCAAAGUGUACUCGUUGUCUGUGGUGGCCAAGGACACAACAAAGUUCUUAUGGCCCACCAACUGCGUGGUGGUGACUUUCUCUGCGCGUGGGUCGUGUAGAUUGAUGUGUCUGGCGGCGGAGCCCGUGGCAAGCAGCCCGACACGCGGCAGAGCCACCAGGCUGAGCAGCGCGAAGUUCGUGUGUCUCGUGUCGAUGCAGCGCGCCGUGACGAGGUCCCAUGUUCUCACUGUGUGGUCCUGCGACGCCGAGUACGCCACGGUGUCGUCUUCAUCGAAACAGACGGCCUCGACGGGACCCUGGUGUGCCUCCAAAAUCGCCAGUGGUGCUUUGCGUCGGAUCGACGCGUCGCCGACGGCGAGUUUGAGACGCUUGCGCGACGCCGACGACAAGUUGUUCUCUGCUCCCUGCUCCAUCGGCUGGGUGGUGUGCAUCUCCUUGGCGUUGGUAGACCACAGGGCCAGGCUGCGGUCGUACGAGGCCGACAAAAUGCGCGUGUUGCGCACGGCAAGCGCUGCUACCACGUCCUUGUGGUACUCCAGAAUGGCGUUGGUGCGCCCGUUCUGGGUCUCCUUGUCGACUUCCUCGUCGCCAACGACGCUGGCCUUCCACAGCCGCAGCGAGCGAUCCAUGCCGGCGGAAACAAAGCGCGACGGGCUGAUGAACUUGACGGCUUUGACGGCGGCUUGAUGGCCCACCAGCUGGGUUUCGACUUUGCCGGAAGCGUUGUAGAUCCGCACGACGCCGUCGUACGAGCCCGUCAGGAUUUUUGGCGCGGUGCGCACCUCACCUUCAGGGCCAGCAAGACUCAUGGACCCGACAGAGUCUAUCGCAGAGACCCAGUCAUCGUUGUUGAAGCUGGCAAGAAACUGUGGUGGCAACACGGCACGCGUGUAUUCAAUGUCCAAAAAAUGCUCGCUCGAUAGCCCAUUGGCCACUAAAUAGUCCUCGACACUGCCUUUCAGAAGAGUACCGUCGAUCAGGAAGUCGAAUGGGACCGGCUGCUCCAGGCCGACUAGAUGGUUCACGAUCUCCGACAGACCGUACCUUUUGAGCGAUAUUGGCACAACCACAGGGUUGCCGGGACAGUGGAGCGACUCAUCCUCGUCUCUCGUGAAAAAGCGGACCUUUAUCUGCGAAGCCAUAAAAUAAGUUUUUUUUUUUCAGAUUUUUUUAAAAUUAAUUUUUUUAAGCCGCAGGUCGUGCACGAAACUCGAACCGCAG